AUGCUGCUUUCAUCUGUGGCUAAGCAGGCUGUAAAGGUGGGGUAUGGGAAAUUGGAUUGGCUUGUGCUUGACUGGAAUGUGAAUGCCAUCAGGUUUUAUGAGGAAAUGGGAGCUAAGAUGUUGCGGGAGUGGAGGAUUUGCAGGCUCACUGGUGAUGCUCUCAGUGCUUAUGCUAACGCCUAG